UUCAAGUAGAAGAACGUUCAUUAGAUAGAUGGAAAGCAUAUCAAGAGAAACAUAAGCGACAUGGAGCUACAAUUGCUAAGAAGCAGAUGCCAUAUCUUCAGUACCUAGAAGCUUUAUUCCAAGGACAAACUGCACACGGUGUACGAGGUAGCUCACCUGCUAGCGCUAGGACAACACACAUUCUCAAUAGUAAUGUCGCGGUCGAAAAGACUCAGAACAUAAACACCGAAGAAUCUUUUGAUACCGGUAGUUCAGAUGAAAAUGAAAGUCAUGAUACAGUUUAUGGUGAAAAAAGUGAUUCACCUAUUAUGGUAGAUCAAUCAUCCGCAUCAACUAAGAAGCGAAAGGGGAAAAACAACGUCGGUGAAAGCUUAGCACGAAAGCGAGGGGAAAUAGAUAGAUGUUUAGAAAUUGUGAAGCUUGCUUCAGUAAAAGAGCAAUCUGUGAUCGAAAAGGUGGCUAAACUUCUUGGUGAGAUGGAUGUUGACAAGAAAUACGGUGAUCAAUAUUAUGUGGAUGCAAUGACCUUCUUAGGUGAAGGUAAUAAUGGUGAGGUCUUUGUGACACUUCGAUCUGAAAAUCAGAGGUGGAUGUUUCUACAGAAAGGAGUUCCUUAUGGCAAUCAAGAUUGAUAUAUGGCGUUUUGAACUUAAGAUUAUUUAUUUUCAGCAUGCUAAAGUUUUGUCUAUUCGUUUAGAACUUUUUAUAUGUUUGUUUGAACUAAAAUUAUGUGGAUUGUUAUCUUUUACAAACAUAUCGUGUUAUCG